GACUUUCGGGCCGAGUAAAAAAUUCAGUCACUGCACAAUAUAAACGCAGUUGGUAACGUCUCCAAAACGCGAAUCCAGCAACCUUCAUCAUGAUUAUGAGUAUGAUUACGACAUCAUCAUCUUCUUCUUCACCACUUUUAUCGUUGAUAUUCAUGUCAUUUCUGUCAAAAUCUUCUACUUCGUAUCUUUGAUUCCGAAAUAACAGAAGAAGCCUUCAGUUACGCUCAUUCCCGCUCAAACACUAGCUACUAGUUUCAGGCCUUCAAUGACACGGGCGAUUUAAAAAUGGCAGAGCUAGGUUUUCAGCAUCAGACGCAAGACAGAGCUCGAGAAAUCAGCCCGGAUUCCGUCAUUUUGGCCACCGACUCCAACUUCAGCCUCUUCUCUUCUUCUACUCCUGCCAGUAUUGAUCGUUCUUCUUUCGCAGCUGACAUCGAGAGCUCUUUCAACCGUGGUUCUCAAACUGGUUUGGCAAGACAUGUUUACUGCGAAGCUUCAGGUGGUACAGUUUCAGAUCCAAACAAACAUGUCAUGCACAAGACUGUCUACCUUAGCAGAAAUGCAAAGGCCAAAGCUAACAAAGAAGAUAGUGGCAUUGCUGAGAUAGGGGACACAGAUUUAUUGUUUGAUUUGGCAUCAACCUCCUUCUCUCAGGCUCUUAAAGAAUGUCAAGAUAGGCGGUCCAGAUCCAAAGCUAAAUUAAAAAAACCAGAUAUGAAAGGAGCUGAUUCGGUAGAUACGAAAAACUCUUUCAUUAGUCAUGCAUGCAUCUCAUCUCCUCAGUAUGGACAUAGGAAGAAACCAGUUAUAAUUGAUAGGAGAGAUUCUAAUACAAAAACUCUGCCUCAAAGUAAUGGUAGAACCUUGCCUUCCAAGUGGAUUGAUGCUGAGAGGUGGAUCAUCAGUCCAAUAUCGAGAGAUGGUGCUGUGAAAUCCAAGAGUGGACCUCUUCGCACUCCUGUUAUUGAUUUAUAUUCUCCAAAAGAGCUUACAUCUGAGGAAGGAAAGGGUGCUUAUUUACAAGCUAGUUCUCCCUCUUCAACUGGAGUGAUGGAUGUAGAUGGUUUAUCAAUUCAAUAUGGGGGUCAUGGCAUUGGUGCAACCUUAGAUUCAUGCAAUGACCUGCCUAUCACAAGGUCAAUUAGUGUCAACGGAUGCCCUGAACUUUUCUGCAUAUCGUCAUUGUCUGAUUUUCAAGAUGAGAGUGACUCCAAAAAAGUUGUGGAUACCAACAUUUCUCGUAUUGCGUUAAAGGAUAUGGGUCAUAUGGCAGCUCAAAUGAUCCCAGAGGGGCAUAACCCAUCAUCUCCAAAAAGAUGCUCAUCACCUCCUCCUACAAGAUCAUCCAUCUUACCAAUUACUGAAGUUCAGUGUUUCCAUUCACCAAAAGAAGAUACGAGGAAUGUCUUAGAUGAGCAGGUUACUCUGACAAGGUGGAGAAAGAAACACAGGAUUCGAAUUCCAGGGGCGAGUGUGGAUAUUUUUGAUUAUUGGAAAAGUAAUGCUGCAAUAGGAGUGCAUUCUUAUGGUCAGGAAAUUUCAAAAACAGCAAACUGUUUAUCCCAAGUCAAGAGGGAAGAAGCAAGGAUAACUGCCUGGGAGAACUUGCAGAAGGCAAAAGCGGAGGCAGCAAUCCAAAAAUUUGAGGUGAAGCUGCAGAAGAAAAGAUCAACGUCUAUGGAUAAGAUCAUGAAGAAGUUAAGAUCUGCACAGAAAAAGGCAGCAGAAAUGAGAACCUCGAUGCUGGUAGGUCAGAAUCAAGAAGAUGUAACGUUCUCUCAUAGGGCGUUAACUCUCAGCCGGACUCAUCAUAUGGGUUCAUUUGGUGGCUGCUUUACAUGCCAUGCAUUUUAGUUAUUCUGAUCCUAUCUCUGCUUGCACAUGGAGCCUAAUUCUGCAGAUCAAUCACAUUUAAGACAUUGCUGUUGAGCCGGUUCUGGGAAAUGAAGUGAUGCAGGUGGCGUUCCUAAUCGGAUGAGGUUAACAUAAUCUUGAAACCCAUGGUCAAUUAAUCCGGUAAACAUUAUCCCUAUGAUCCUACAUAUUAUUAAGACACACCCCUCUCUGUAAUCUUCCCCGAAUAUCCAAGGAAGCAUAAAUCCCCUCAUCACCUCAAAAACUGCAUUGACCUUCUUAGGAAUCAUCCACAACAUUGAGAAGUAGUUCAUGUUAGGUUCUUCCUCACGAACCUGCAUUAGACCCAGUAGUUGUAGGAUCUUCAUGACAAAUAACUCAUAACACAAGCAUACAGAUGCCAACAUUAAGAUCACUCCGAAUGUUGGAUUAUUAUUAACUUAACUGUAUGCUGAUCAUUAAAAAUGACCAUCUACCUUAUUCUAUUAUAUCUCUAAUCGACUGACAGAUAUUGUGUAAUGUUGUAGAACAAUAUUUUUCUUUAAUUGCGCUCUGUCUGGAGACCGAGAACGAAUGAAAGAUGCUAUUACUAUUUACUAAUGACUAUUAGUUGUGUACAACUGGUAAUGCUGUUAUUGGUUGUGACCUGUGAUUAGUAUCAAGUACAAUUGAUGUCAUUUGUGUAUAAUUAUUAAUC